AUGUCCUCACCCCGCCCCUCAUCCCCCGUAAACAGUCCCUCGACGGGCUCUUCCACCGCGCGGCCGGCUUCGCCCAAACCCCCCGGCGGCCCUGCGACGGCUAUCAGGAGGAAAGCGGCGGCGGACAGGGCGGAUAAGGUGGCGAAUGCGAGGCCGUCGAGUACGAGGGCCGCGGGCGCGGGGGGGAGUAGCAGUACUAUGUUGAAGCUCUACACCGACGAAUCGCCAGGCUUGAAGGUCGACCCAUUCGUGGUGAUGGUGUUGUCAAUUGGGUUCAUUAUCAGCGUGGUUGCGCUGCACAUCAUUGCAAAGGUCACGAAGCGGUUCUCCUCAUAG